AUGGCAUUUUUACGUGAUUUUUUUGAGAUGGUAUGUGGCUGUGGGUUUCGAAAGGAGGCAGGUGGUGGCAAAUUAUGCAAGGAUGUGAAGGCAUUAGAGAUCGUGUAUGGAGAUUAUACGCCUACCAAGCCGGAGCCAUCUGCUAGUGUGAAAAAUGAAUCGGUCACAUCCUAUGAAAAAAGAAACCCAUUUGAGGUCGUUGAUUCAUCGCGUAAGCGCACAUAA